CAAACCCACGCACCUUGCCACCAAGAAAAAAAAAGAAAUGUUAUGCGAAAUACCCCUUAUCGAACAUUAGUACCCACAUAAUGUUACACCACAUCAUUCGCCUUCGAGAAUCAAGAAAAACCCAGGGAGGCCGCGUCGGCAACCGAUAUCCCCACCCUUGAUUCCGGCGACGACGGCCGCGAUGUCCCCUUCCUUCCCUCUCUCCUCCUCCUCCUCGGAGAAAGCCCGAGACGGUGAUGGCCCCCCGUUCCUGCACUCCGCCGGUCGUUCUCUGCAAUCUCUCACCGCCAAUAUCCUUUCUUUCCUUCCUUUCCCUCCACUCAACCCCAGUCGCAACGCUACCGCCAAGUCCCCGCCGCUACCGGCGGUGGUGCCGGUAUGCCCUCCUCUUUGCACCUCCUCAUCGCCGCCUUGCUCCUCCGCCAUGAUGGUGCCGCUUCUCCUCCCUUUCUCGUCGUCCUCCUGUUCGUCCUCCUCCGAUUACCAGAGCCAGAUCCGGAGCUCGGGGAGAUCGGCCACGGCCUCGCCGUCGUCGGCCAUCAGGAGCUUGUCUUCGGGAGUGAAGAUAGAGGGGCUCAGCUCGAGCUCCAAGGGUGGCGGGGGCCCCGCCUUCGUGGGGCAGGUCUUCAGCAUGCUGGAUCCCUCCGGCAACGGUCUCAUGGCUGUCACCACCCACUUCGACAUCCCCUUCCUCUCCAAAAGAACACCUGAGUGGAUCAAAAAGAUGCUUGCAACAGUUACCAAGAGCGAACAGAAAGGUCCUGUCUUUCGGUUUUUCAUGGAUUUAAGUGAUGCAGUUGCAUAUGUUAAACGACUGAAUAUUCCAACUGGCAUGGUGGGUGCUUGCCGACUUGAUGUAGCUUAUGAACAUUUCAAGGAAAAGCCUCAUAUGUUCCAAUUCGUUCCGAAUGAAAAACAGGUCAAGGCAGCCAAUAAACUUCUUAGGAGAAUCCCACAAAAAAGUGGGAGAAGAAAGAUUGCUGGGGUUCCUGUAUUCACAGCUCGGAAUUUAAAUAUUGCAAUAGCAACAAAUGAUGGAAUAAAAUGGUAUACACCUUAUUUUUUUGAUAAAAGCUUGCUAGACAAUAUUCUUGAAGCUUCAGUUGAUCAGCACUUUCACACGUUGAUCCAAAAUAGACACAGACAGCGACGGCGAGAUGUAAUUGAUGAUGGCCUGGCUGCGGAAGUGGUUGAGGAAAAUGGGGAUAGCUUGUUUGAACCUCCAGAGGUCCAAGAAGUGCUUGAUGAAUUGGGCCAUUCUGGAAUACCACUUAGUGUGAUUUCAAAAGCUGCUGAGAUUCAGCUCCUUGAUGUUGUUGACAAAAUUCUUCUCGGCAACAAGUGGUUGAGAAAAGCCACUGGGAUCCAACCAAAGUUUCCUUAUCUGGUAGACACAUUUGAAGAAAGGAGUGCUGCUUCAUUUUCAAAGGCAACCAUGUCCACCAGUGGCACUGCUAAGUUGGAAGGCGCUGACAAUGACCAGCCUGAUCUGCCACAUGGUGCUUCAGGGAGUUCAAAUGAAAAUGCUGAAGCUCUCCAUGGCCAGCCAACAAGUCACAAUGAUUUUCAGUUCCCUUACGACAGCUGGUUUCCAAAUCCGUGGUCAAAAAUACAUGGAAAACGGCAAAUACCAGACGAUAAGAUCAAGUCAAGCACGGAUGGAGAUGGUAGCAAUGAAAUUCCACUGAAUCCCCUACUCCCGAAAAUCACGAUGGUUGGCAUCUCAAUGGGUGAUGGGGGGCAGGUGAGCAGAGCCAGCUUGAAGAAGACAAUGGAAGACCUGACAAAGGAGCUUGAGCAAGCAAGCCAAAAAUCAACAGAACUUAAUGAAGACAAGGAUCCCCUGUUUGUUGCAAAUGUGGGUGACUACUCUACUAUCACAAGGAUGGCAUCUUCAUGACAGGCAUUUCUUGGUGGAGAAUCAGCCAGAAUCACCACCUUACAUCAUGUUCCAUGAAGGACCAAAGACAUGCAUGCACCAGCUCCUUUAGGAAAGCUUCUCAUUCAUUGGAUGCACUAUACAUUGGAUCUUACACAAGAAUCACAUUUUGAUCAGUUAUUUAUCCACCAUUGCCGACUUGAAGGAACCGCAAUGAUUUCACCUACAGCAGGUGGUUUCAUAUAGAUCUGAAUUCGUUGGAGCCACUGAGUUUGCUAUUUUUUACAGCCAAUUCAAGAAAGCUAUGCGAAGUCUUCGUGCGAGUGAUGAGAAUAGCUUGAAACAAUUCCACUCUUCAUUUGUAGUGUGAUUUUGUUGUACUAUACCACAGUGUAGGCACAUUCAGCUGCCUGUAACUUUGUGGCCUCUGGAACAGUGUUAGUGCGUUAUGGAAUCAUUAGUGCAAGUUGUAUUUGGCCAGGUUACUUUAUGUUUUCAGGUCCCUUAAGUGUCUCUGUUACGCUUGCUUUUCCCUGGAAUGAAUUAAGCGGUUAUUAACGGUUGCGAA